GAGCCCUCGACCCCUUCCGCCUUGCGUGUGCGCAGCCGCAACUUUUCCUCCUCCCCGUCCUCUCCGCUCGGGCGAAACCCCCAAACCCUCCCCUCCCCCACCCCGCGGCCGAUCCACCCGUCGGCGAUGACGCUGGGCAGCUCCGGCGCCGGAUCGAGCGUCGUCGGUGUCUGUUCUAUCCAAUAGGGAGCUUAGUGUUCUUGAAGUGCAUGGAAAAUGUGAUUGAGUGGUGAGAUGGAGAUAACCAGUGAAACAUGUGUCUUUUGUUUUUGCCCAUGUAGAGAAGUUCCUAGGAACUUCAGGCUAUUGGAAGAGCUUGAGCGUGGAGAGAAGGGCAUUGGUGAUGGGACAGUGAGCUAUGGAAUGGAUGAUGCAGAUGAUAUCUACAUGAGGUCAUGGACUGGUACCAUCAUUGGCCCUCACAAUACUGUACAUGAGGGUCGCAUCUACCAGCUUAAGUUGUUCUGUGACAAGGAUUAUCCUGAGAAGCCACCAUCUGUCAGAUUCCAUUCAAGAAUCAACAUGACAUGUGUUAAUCACGAGACAGGAGUGGUUGAUCCAAAGAAGUUUGGUCUGCUGGCAAACUGGCAGCGGGACUACACAAUGGAAAACAUCCUAAUCCAGCUCAAGAAGGAGAUGGCUGCCUCACACAAUCGCAAGCUAGUGCAGCCUCCGGAAGGGACAUUCUUCUAAAGAAGAAUUGGGUGGCCCAUCUUGGGAUUCAACAACAGUUACUGAAGUUGUUUAAAUGGGGGGGAAAACAACUUCUACAUCUGGUGCCUGUGCUUGUGUUUUCAAGUUUCUUAUGCUAUGUUCUUCAAUCUGUGAACAGCUGUGAACAAUCGAAGUAUCUCCCUUGCGAUUUGCAUGGUGGCUGCUGGGGAUGUUGCAAGUUCCAGGGAUGUAUCUUGAAACUGUCGUAGUGCCCUGUUUAAGGAAUAGACAACAUCUCCGUGUUACCUAUAUAAUAUAGCCUCUGUGUGCGCGCGUUCUUCCAAGUACCUCUUGGAAGUGUUGCAGUGCCUUUGUGGUGUUGUUCUUGUUUCGAUCCCGAUUAGGUUGACUUCUUCAGUAUCUUAUUGCAGAAGAUUUGGGCCCGA